UCUCCUUUUCCAGACAUCAGACCACACAAAAGAGUUAUAUAUGUCUGUUUGGGCCACACUUUUUCAGCCUGCCGUCAAAAUGAAGACACUGAGCAUUUUGGUCGUUAUUUUAACUUUAUCCGCUAUUAAUGCCCUAACCGACUACCGAGAUUGUGGCUCAACGUCAGGGCAUAUAAACUCCAUAAAAUUAACGCCUCCCUGUUUGCACAAUCCGUGUGACUUGCUUCGAGGAACCAAUGUGUCGGUAGAGGUUGAUUUCACGUCAAAGGUACAGACAUCUAACGUUUCCACUUUUGUGUAUGGGAUAAUUCUGGGACUUCCAGUGCCAUUCCUCACAGUGCCACACGACAGCUGCAAAAGCAAUAACUUAGCCUGUCCAGUUGCUGCCAACUCCAGAAACAUCUACACCAACUACGUAUCCGUGUUACCUGUUUACCCACUGAUGAGGCUUCUUGUCCAAUGGGAGAUAAAAGACGAUAGCGGCAACAACAUCGUAUGUUUCGUUUUACCAGCACAACUAACCGACUCUACUGGUCCCGUGGUUGGCUGAACAGUUCCAGUGGACAAAUAUACACGAGGUGCUGAUAGGAUGAAUGGCACAGUAAAUAUGUCGGUAAUGCUGAAAGGUGUAUGACGAGUUCAGCACUCGAUGUCCAUAUGGUUGAUUAAUUAAAGUAUUUCUUAAUAAACAAACACCUGACUAA